GAGAGGGGUGGGGGUGUUUAGCAUAGUGGGGCAUCUAGUAACACAGUUUUUCUGAAAGUGAAGGAACCAUACACUCUCUAGUGCACCUGACCAACAACACAUAAAACUACACGACUCUAAAGAAACUGAGACUUGAGAAGUAAAAUGGCUAGCCCAUCUGUGACCACGCAACCUCUUCCAUUCGGUCUAGAAAGGGAGAAACAUGUUGAUAUGAUCUUCAGGGCUUUCCACAGACAGAUUAGACCCACUGAUGAUACACAGGACCUCUCACAUGUGAUCCAGGCUGCAGACCCUGUGAUGGGGAAGAGAGAAAAUGGAGCCUCUGGAGAGACAGAGGAUAAAAGACUCGGAAAACUCUCUGUUCUGAAAACAGUCAAACGACUCCACAUUACUGCCAGACCAGAUCUGCAAGGUCCACAAUGUGUAGCCCGAAGAACAUACAGCAUCUCAUCAGAAACCAGAGAUCAGAUCUUUGUGGCUGUAGAGGAGAGCUCAUGUUUAUGUGUACAGUUCUGCGGUCCAGCUCGCUCCUGCUUAUUACAGGGCUUUGACAGGGAUUCAAAGUGCGUCUUUUUGUUUGAGAGGCCCCUCAGAGCGGAAGUGUGCUUGCUUGGAUGUUGCCUGAUGGAAAUGAGGGCCUUCACACCAGAUAGAGAAUUGAUCGGGACGGUUUAUCAAGGAUGGAGUAUGUUCACACCUUAUUUUGAGGUCUGUGACUCUGAGGGUAUCUCGACCGUAAGGAUCCAGGGUUCCUGCUGUAACACACGUUGCCUCUCUGAGCAGGAGCUACAGGUGGUAUCAAGUAUUGGUGAGAAUAUUGGGCGGAUAUGGAAGAGGUGGCCUGGAUACAGAGAAGAAUGCAACAUGGAUCAUGAGUAUUUCGGACUCGAUGUACCUCAAGGAAUGAGUUUAAACCUCAAAGUGCUGUUGCUAGCUGCCACCUUCCUCCUGAAUCAUAUGUUUUUUGAGAUGAGCUAAAUGGAGAUGCUGUAAGACAAACCAUGCAGGGCAUGAAAGAUGAAAAUAAUUUGGACUUUGAACAACAGAGGCAGACGCCACAUCUUUGUGCAAAAUUAUAGCAAAAGCAUAUAAUGUUGCUAUGACAACUAAAAGGAGCAUGGAUGGGUGAUGCUUUUCUGAGCUAUGGCCAACAUCUUUUAGUCAUUUGCUCUGACCUUCAGUGAAAUACUGUACAUUUAACACAAUCUUUUGUUACAACCAAAAAUAUACAAAUGUGUUUUUUAGAUGUGCAGUACUUUGCAAAAGUCUUAGGUCACUAUGCUACCAUUAGAUGUGUUGUUUUUGCAAUUGUAUAGUGAUCAUUUAUAAUUAUUUCUCAGUCUUUUUAUUGGAAUACAACCAAAAAAUACAGGAAAUGUGUAUGUAGUAUUAAAAACAAGUAUAAAAGUAUAAGCUAAAGUGUCAAGUAUUUAGCGUAAACUUGCCUUUCACUUGAGCAAUAGCAGGCAGCUGCAGGAUCUCUUAAACCUAAAUGGAAUUAAAUCCUAAUUUCUAAUUUUAAUCGAAUUACUUCAGGACUUCAAUGUCCUCAAAAAAAGCUCAAGAUGUGUUUGUGCCAAGAAAGGUCACACUAAAUACUGACUGAUGCCUGAAGAAGACCAGCCCGAAGACAUUUAGUUCUGAAAAUUGUUUUGUUUUUAAUUUUGUUUACAUAUUUCCUGUAUUUUCUGUUUGUAUCUUAAUAAAAAGAGUGAAAAAUUAAUAUGGAUGGACAUUAAAACUUUCCUAAAACAACAAAUCUGGUGAUGGUGGCCUAUAUACUUUUGGACAGUACUGUAAAUGUUUUACUAUUUUGAUACACUGUAGACUACAAAAAUAUGGAGUAAUAAAAGAAAAUAUUUCU